AAACAGUGAAAGGAUUCGCGAAAAGCGCGAAAGCAGUUCGAUGUAAAAGCAUUUUCCUCGUCGAAGGCGAAACUCGCUGUUUGUUUGUUAUCGCGACCGAGUUCGGAUCGGGAGCAGCUGGAAGGAAAAUUACUUCACUCUCCAUUUUUUUCCCUCUGGCUUGCUUGGAUUAGGUGAAAUUUCAGCAAACUUUUAACAAAGUUGAAACAAGUUGCUUUUAAAAAGUCGAGAAAAUCAAGAUAAAAACCACAUUAGUCGCCUCAAGGUAGUCGAACCACGAGUUUCAUCGACUGGAAGAGUUUAAAUCUUCUUCAAAGAAAAACAUCUAAAAGAAGAAGAAAUGGCGACAAAAUCGUCUUCGGCCUCGUACACGAUCGAAGCUCGGCCGUUCGCGACCUCGGCGAAGCUGGUGGCUCGGAGGCCGGUGAAAAGUGCCCCGUCGUUGCGGCCCGUGCCAGCGUUCUCCAUCGAGUCCCUGCAGAAGAACACGCUGGUGAUGGGUCCGCCCAAGGCGCAAAAACGUGAGUAUCGGCAACAUGACAAGCACCUGCUCCAGCAGAAGGCCACCUCGUUCCGGAUGUACUACGACCGGGGCGACCUGCCCAUCAAGAUGGAGUACCUCACCGGGGGGGACAAAAUCGCCUGGACCGUCGACAUCGACAAGCUAGACUAUGGGCUGUAUCUGCCCCUGUUCUUCGACGGCCUUUCGGAAAUUCGCCACCCCUAUAAAACGUACGCCCGACAGGGAGUUCAGGACCUCAUUUCCCACGGCGGGGACAAAAUCUACCCCGUUAUACCGCAGCUAAUUAUUCCGAUCAAAAAUGCGCUCAAUACACGCCACAUCGAGGUCAUGUGUGUCACGUUGCGGAUCAUCCAGCAGCUGGUGAUGGCCUCGGAUCUGAUCGGACCGGCGCUGGUACCCUUCUACCGGCAGCUGCUACCCAUGUUCAACGCCUACAAAGUGAAAAAUAUAAACUCGGGCGACGCCAUCGAUUACGGCCAGAAGAACAACCUGAACGUGGGCGACCUGAUUGACGAGACGCUGCAGGUGCUGGAACGGCACGGCGGCGAGGAUGCCUUCAUCAACAUCAAGUACAUGGUUCCGACGUACGAGUCGUGCUACCUGAACUAAAGUUGCUGCUGCUGCGUGAGGAGAAUUAAUUAAGUGGAUUAUUUGGUGUUUUCUUUCCUUCGUUAAUUACCGCUAAAUAUUAGAAAAGUGCCAAAUUAGUCAGGUAAACAAGUUGAUGAUAGGAUCGGGAACGCUCUGGAUGGGUUGGGAAAAGAUGGCGCUUUGAUGGAUCACUUUGCUGCUAACGUCGUUGACUACUUCAAAUUCCAAGAUAAUUGCUAAAGUCGUAAUGUUCCUGAAUUGUUAUUUCUAGCUUGGAAUUUGAAUGCUGUCAUUGUCACAGCAAAAUUAAUUUAACUCUUUUAGUUAAAUAAAAAAUGCUGCAAUAAAAUCACUUACCAAAUUCAGAUAGAUUGUUCGCACAACAUGAUUACUCAAUAUAGAUAAAUAAAAUGUUAUAGAAAAAUUUAUUUCAAAAUAAAUAAAUUUAUUUCACCACUAA